UCCCACUCCUCGUACUAUUUAUCAUCCAUUUCUAAUACUUGGGUGUUCAUACUACACUGUAUUACCAAGCAAAUACAGAGGAGAGAGAAAAUUCUGCAAAUUUUGAGAUGUUGAAUUAUGAAAACAUGAUGGGUGAUUUUUGGGGAGGAGCCGCUCAUGGUCCUCUCUAAACUACCCUGCUCUUCCUGCUUUCUUUCUUCCUCUUUUUUGCCCAGAAGAUUUAUUUUUAAGGAAAAAGUAGAAGAUUUUGAGGGAAAUUUAUGAGCAAACAGACAAAUCAUCAUCUGGGUUUCAAUCAUUUAUUCUGCCUUUUCUGUUAAGAAAUUUCUGGGAUUUUUUUAGCAUCAAUUUGUCACUUUUUUUGGGGGUUUUUUCAUGAAAGUUAAAACAGGUAGAACGGAAUUCCUGAACUGGUUGUUGUGGCUGUUUUGUUAAGGGCUAAAGUGUUAAAUGCUCAAGUGUCAGCAUAUUAUUCUGCAGGGAAAAGUCGCAGUUGUUAUUCUGGUGUAUUAUCAGUCGAGGCAAGUGGCAGUGAGCGUAUCUUCUCUAACAGUGCAGUAUCCGCAGAUGUAUUGACUCCCUUUGGGGGCAAAUCUCCUUUGGCAAUAUAGUUCUGGUUGAAAACUAGAACAUCAGUAUCUAUUCAUCAGCUACAUAGCUAGCUAUCCCGGAUAAAUCUCCUUUGGCAAUAUAAUCUGUGCUUUGAAAAGCAUAGAUUUAAACAAAAAUAUACAAAAUAAACUUAGCUCAUUAGGGCAAAUCUCCUUUGGCAAAAAUUCAGUUAAGUAACUCUUUGCAGUGUAAUAUCUCUAAGAGAGGUCUUCAUCUGCUGGCUUGUGGCUACUACUCCUAUCUGUUUUCCUGUAUCCUAUCCCAACCAUAUUGCAUAUUUCUCUUGACAUUUUCAUUCCCUUUCCUUCUUAUUCGUUAGACUUAUCCUUCCUCCAAAAAAAAAAAAAAAAUCUAUAGAAAAAAAAAAAAAAAUUGUUCAUUCCUUAGGAAAAUCUCCUUUGGAAAUAUUCAGUCCAUUUUAUUGGGCAAAUCUCCUUUGGCAACAUUAAGUCCAAUUUGUUGGGCAAAUCUCCUUUGGCAACUUUAGUCCCAUUUGUUGGGUAAAUCUCCUUUGGUUGUAGGAGUCAAAAACCGACUCUUAUUAUCCUUGGGGGCAAAUCUCCUUUGGCAAACUAUCUCCGGUUGAGAUACCUAUCUCUUGCUCUCCACUAAGGAAGCACAAUUAUCCGGUCACUUUAAGAAAUAAAUUAUCUUCGCAGCACCAAUUUACUGAAUAUUUGCUCAAGCAGAUCAAUUCCUACUGAAUCUAAAGGUUGGAGUGAAAAACCUGUCAUCUAAUGUUUCCAGCUCAUAUAUUAAUGUGUUAUGAUCUUAUAUGGUGCUCAUACAGCAACAAGGAUCAUGGCAAUGGAACUGUUUGGUGAUUCUGAUGUUGAGAGUUUCAGUGAGACCAGUAGUGAUGAUCAAGAUGAUAUAUUUUCCAUCUACAGCGGACACGCUCAGAGUAUCUUGUCCAAUCUUGAAGACAGCAUUGAGAAAAUAGAUGAUUUCCUCUCUUUUGAGAGAGGGUUCACACAUGGGGAUAUUGUACGCUCCACAGGAAAUCCAUCUGGACAAAUGGGUAAAAUAGUGAAUAUCAAAAUGUUUGUUGAUUUGGAAAAUGUUUUUGGUGAAGUCAUAAAAGAUGUCAAUUCCGAAAAACUGUCAAGGAUGCGGUCCAUUUUGGUUGGAGAUUAUGUGAUUCAUGGUCCAUGGCUUGGAAGAGUGGAGAAAGUGGUUGACAAUGUUGGUAUUGUAUUUGAUGAUGGAACUAAGUGUGAAAUCAUGGCAACUGACCAAGCACAGUUGUUGCCACUUUCUCCCAAUUUACUCGAUGAUUCACUCUAUCCCUUUCAUCCUGGACAAAGAGUGAGCUUUAGUCACCCUACUUGCUCAAAAUCUACUGGAUGGUUAUGUGGGAGGUCCAAAAAGAAUCAACACGAGGGGACUGUUUAUUCUGUUGAAGUUGGACUUGCUUACAUUGACUGGAUUUCCUCUGCUAUGGUUGGUGUUUGCAUGACCUUACCUCCUCCAACCCGUUUGCAAGAUCCCAAAAACUUGACCAUGUUAUCAUACAUCUCAUAUGCUAACUGGCAACUUGGUGACUGGUGUGUCUUUCCAUCAGAAAUUGGAUUGCAGAAAAGUGAUUCGUAUUCACAUUUUGAUGAGAUUUUUUCAAUUGUUAAGAAAAAAAUCAAAGUAGAUGUCAUGUGGCAAGAUGGUAAUUGCUCAUUGGGGUUAGAUUCACACACUCUCUUCCCCGUAUGUGUUCUAAAUGCUCAUGAUUUUUUUCCUGAACAAUUUGUUUUGGAGAAGACUAGUUCUGAUGAGCUAGUUGCGCCAGUAAGUCAAAGAUGGGGGGUUGUUAAAUGUGUGGAUGCAAAUGAGAGGACUGUCAAGGUAAAAUGGGAAACCACUGGCAGUGUUCCUAAAGACGUCGAUGAGUGGAAAAUGGAAGAGACUGUGAGUGCUUAUGAAUUGGUUGAGCACCCUGAUUUCUCCUUUAACCUUGGUGACAUUGUGUUCAUGUCAGAUAAGAACCAUUAUGCUGAUCAUUUGAACAAGAUGAGCAGGGAAAACUGGACUACAUUGGCAAGUGACAACUGUAAUGUUGAAUUGAAUGAAACCCAGAGGAAACAUUUCCUAUCCUUUAUCGGCUGUGUUGUUGGCUUCGACAAUGGAUAUAUUAAGGUUGAAUGGGCAAGUGGAGUCACAGCAAAGGUUGCUCCUUAUAAGAUACUUCGCAUGGAAAAGGAUGAUGGAUCAGUUGCAACUCAUAAUUUCCCAGAAGGAAAUGGUGCUGAAUUCAGUAAUGAGAUGGCUGACUAUGAGAAACAAUCUGUGAACAAUCAGGAUUCAUCAGAAAAUUCUGGUAUUGAUGCUGUAAUUUGUCAAACCGACCAUAGGAGUUCCCGCUUCUUCAGCCUUUCUCAAGCUGCAAUGGGGCUCUUUACUAGUAUUGCUGAAAAUUUCUUCAGAUCACAUGGUUCAACAUCCCUACCACAACACCUGUCAUGUUCCCAUGCAAUCGGAGAAAGUAAUAUUGGAAUUUUUGACGAGGAAGACAUCAUCGAGUCUUGUGACAUGGGGCCAGAUAACCACACCAUGGAAUUCAGUGACUUUGAUACUUAUGGGAGCAUAGAUCUGAAACAGAAAGUUGCAAAUAACUCAGAGAAUAUGGAACUACUGUCUGUAGCUAAAUCUAAAAGUGUAAGGCAGUUUAAACAGUUCGACAUUGUAGGUGAUUGCUCUGACCAUCACUUUGCUGAUGCAGAUGGCAAGGGAGCAGCAUCUCAGAAGAAAAAAGGUUGGCUGAAGAAGGUUCAGCAGGAAUGGAGCAUUCUAGAGAAAGACCUUCCAGAAACAAUCUAUGUUCGGAUUUAUGAGGAAAGAAUGGAUUUGAUACGUGCAGCCAUUGUUGGUGCUCCUGGAACUCCCUACCAUGAUGGCCUUUUCUUCUUUGAUAUAAUGCUUCCUGCUGAUUAUCCUCUAGUACCUCCUAUGGUGCAUUACCACUCUGGUGGUUUGCGUCUCAAUCCAAACCUUUACGAAUCAGGAAAGGUGUGUCUCAGCCUCCUCAACACAUGGACUGGCACAGGAUCUGAAGUGUGGAAUCCAGGAAGCUCGACUAUUCUUCAAGUUCUUCUCUCUCUUCAGGCCCUUGUGCUUAAUGCGAAGCCUUAUUUUAACGAGGCAGGGUAUGAUGAACAGAUAGGAAGAUUAGAGGGAGAGAAGAACUCUGUGGGCUACAAUGAAAAUGCUUAUCUGGGCACAUGCAAAUCUAUGUUAUACCAAUUACGAAGGCCACCCAAGCAUUUUGAGGAGCUGGUCGAGGAGCAUUUUGAAAGACGUUCUCAGCAUAUUCUAUCAGCUUGCAAGUCUUAUAUGAAGGGUGCACCUAUUGGUUUCUGUAUCAAAGUUGAAAAUGAAAAGGGAAACUCAAUGGGCUUCAAGAUUAUGCUAGCUAAGCUCUUUCCCAAGCUUGUGCAAGCCUUUUCUGACAAAGGAAUCGAUUGCAACCAGUUUAUCGAGCCAGAGAAAUAAGAGCCAGUGACAAUAGAUCACUGUGUUGGCCACUGGUACUAUCUCACGGUGUUAAAGUCAUCGUGUGUACAAUGUGUAAAAUAGAAAUGUAUAUCAUUUUGUUCGCGUUCCACAGGAUUUGAUUGGAAGUUCGUGUAAAAUAGGUGAAUGAAAUGAAAAGAUUGUAUACUGUAUUUGUGAAGAAGUUUACUUCUGUCUUGUGUACUUGCCAAAUGUUUGAUAUGUUGCAAAGCAUCAAUAAUGUUUUUGUUUGAUCUAAUUGUAAUAUAAGAAAUGAAGUGUGAAAUGUAAGAAUAUUGAUCUAUGCUUUACAUUACUUGUGUCCCUUAUUA